GUAGAGCGUCUUGCAGUGUGAAACAAAACGCCAAACGACGUUGAAUGGUGUUACGUGACGAGCUCGACUUGUCUCAACUUCCACAGUCUUAUCACUAGUUUUUCUUUGAUAGAAAUUUCUCAAAUUGUAAAAAAAAAAUAUAUAUAUUCAAAAGCCUAGACAGCACCGGUGCUCCAACUGAUUUCGACUGAGAACAACAGGAGAAAAAUCAGAGUGUUCCCGCUUCAUCUUUGCGUUUGAUCGCGGCGACGGUUUCAAGUGACACCCCGUGAAUCAUCAUGGCAACCAGUAGCAGCACAUUCCAGCAGCAACAGCAGCAGCAACGCUGGCUCUUCGGGUUCUUGUUGAUGGGAGCGAUGGCCGCCAUGGCCCAGUCGCCCUUCCAGCACAAACACAAUUUCGGUAGAUUACCACAGCAGCAGUUGCAACAAGUGGGACCGAAAUGCGCUCUCGUCGUGCCUAAAGGCCACGGAGAGAGUUGCGUCACCAUCGAGUCAAUCAACAGGGCAUUCAACAAAGCUUCCAAGGAAUUCCGGCUGGUCGAAUCACGAGAUGAAACAUACAGCGAACAAUUGGCCGAAACUCUACUCGAGACAAGUCGCUUGUUGGCCUUGGAGCAUAAAUUAGAAACGGACGAAAUACAAGCGGCAUUGCCAUUGAUCGAUGUUUUCAAAACGAGCGUCGGUCGCUUUUGCCCAAAACCGGUAAAGUGCGAAGCGAGGCGAUUCCGCAACUACGACGGAACGUGCAACAAUUUGGACAAUCCAAACUGGGGCGCCAUUUCAUCCCAAUUCCGCCAUCUUCUGCCGCCCGACUACGCCGACGACAUCAGCAUGCCGCGCAUUUCAGUCACCGGCGAACAGCUGCCCACCGCCCGUUACAUUUCGUCCACCAUCCAUCGCGAUCUCGGCUAUCACGAUCACGCCGUCACCGUCUUCCUUCCGGCUUUCGGCCAGCUCAUCGAUCACGAUAUGGCCGCCGGAGCUGAAACUAAAGAUCCGAGGACGAAUGCCGAACCGAGGUGCUGCGACGUGUCCCCCGACCGGCGUCACCCAGCCUGUUGGCCCAUCGACAUCCCCGCCAACGACCCGUUCUAUUCGCUCUUUGGCCGCCGUUGCUUGGAAUUCGUGCGCUCCGCCAGCGGAUUAAAAGACAAAUGCAAAUUGGGACCCCGCGCCACCUACAACACCGUGACCAGCUUCCUGGACGCCAGUUUCGUCUACGGCACGAACAAAGAGACGGCCCACAAGUUGCGCACCUUCCGCGGCGGCUCGCUCAACACCAACCCGGCCCUGCGCAAUUUGGGCCUCAAGGAUCUCUUGCCAUCGAGGAGGGAAAACCCCGACCAAAACUGCAAACGGCCCAGUGGUGACAUCUAUUGCUUCGAAGCAGGUGAUGCGCGAGUCAACCAGCAAGUCUUGUUGGUCACGUUGCACACCGUUUUCUUGCGAGAACACAACCGAAUCGCCGCCCAAUUGGCCAAAGUGAAUCCUCACUGGGACGACGAAAGAAUUUUCCAGGAAACGAGGCACAUUACCGGUGCUUACAUUCAGCACAUCACCUACAACGAAUUCUUGCCCAUGGUGCUGGGCAAAGACAUCAUGAGGGACUACGGACUGCUCCUCGAUAAAGACGGUCUGUCUACCGCUUACAACCCGAAAAUAAACCCCAAUCUUCCCUCGUCGUUCCACGCGGCCGCUUUCCGCUUCGGACACUCCGUCCUGCCCUCCCAGAUUGAACAGUGGAGUGUCACCCACAAGCACGUCGGUUCACGGAGACUGAGCGAACUGUUCAACCGGCCGUUCGACAUGUACCAGGGCGGAGUUACCGACCGUUACAUAGCCGGAUUCAUGAAUCAAGUGGCACAGGCUGUCGACGACGCCAUGACCGAGGAACUGACCAAUCACCUGUUCGCAGAGCCCCUCAAGAGCUUCGGUACCGAUUUAGCCUCGCUCAAUAUGCAAAGGGGCAGGGAUCACGGUGUUCCGUCCUACAACGCCUUCCGCGUCUACUGCGGACUCCGUCGGGCGCGCCACUGGGACGACCUUGCUGGAUCGUUCACCAACGAGACGCUGCAAAAAUACGCUAGAACUUAUGCCAGUCCGGACGAUAUCGAUCUUUGGUCAGCCGGAAUCUCUGAACGACCGCUGCCCGGCAGCAUGGUCGGCCCCGUCUUCGGUUGCAUCAUGGGAGAAACGUUCAAAAGCUUGCGCUAUGGUGACAGAUUCUGGUACGAAAAUGGAGGCUGGCCGAGUUCAUUCACGCUAGAGCAAGUGAACGAAAUUCGACGAAUUAAACUGUCAAGACUCUUGUGCGACAAUGGCGACCGUAUCGAAACUGCUCAAGUCUACGCCAUGGUCCUACCUGAUCCGCAAAUCAACCCGAGAGUGCCUUGCAAAAGUUCCGUCCUGCCCCGCUUGAACUUGGAAUUGUGGCGGGAAUCGAAAGGAAAGCCCAAUGUCAAGAAUUCACAAUUCGCGCCACCGACCGCUCCCGGACCAUUCGCCGGAGGCUUCAAUAGCGUGCCAACACUGUUCAGCAACCCACGCCCUUUUUUCCCAUAAUUGACCCACACACGCACACAGGAGCGGAGAAGAGCAUCAAAAAUCAACGUGACACGACAAAGAAGAAACAAAGAAACAAAAGAGCAAAGUGAUGAAGCAGCUCCUCCGUCGCUAGAGCCAUCCAGUAUACGAGUAAAAAAAUGUGGAUCCAGAAAAGAAAUUAAGGACAAAUGCGUUGAUCAGAGAGAAAAACUUCUAAUAAUAAAUUAAAGACAAAAAAAAAAAGUUUACGGAUUUAAAAGAAAGAAACGAACCGUUUUAAAAAAAAUAGCAAUUGGGUUUCGUAUAGAUUAUAUCGUGUAUGAUUUUUAAAUAGCUAUAUUCUCUUGGAUGAACUUUUAACAUUUCUUCUACAUUUUCUUUUUCUCUUUGGUUUUUUUUCUUUUCUUUUGUCAAUCCCCUCUCUCCAAUUUGUUUUUUUCCCGUUUCAAAACCAAUGCCACAAGUUCUAUCAUUCUUUUUUUUUCGUUAACGUUUAAAAUUCAAUUUUUCUGUUGUUGUUCAACUUUCCCCCAAGAGUCUGCAGAGCCAACGUGAGGUGAUCAAACAAUAACAGACCAUUGCCCGUGGAUCUACAUUUGGAUUCCAUCUCUUUCUCGCUUUUGGUCUGGAAUUAUUCAGCAUCAACUCACGAUGGCAAAGUUUCCAGUUUUGUUGCUUUUUUCUCUUUGCUUUUAGACAAGGGGCUUGGCUAAACGCUACCGCCACUUGACUAAAGGAAAAACGGGAUUUUGCAUGGAAACUUUGUCUAACAAGCAAAAGGGACUUCACUUUUGAUCAAACAGCAAAAGGGCCUCCCUGUUUAUUUUUUAAUUUCCUUUUUUGGUUUUGAAACGGAGGAUUUUUAAAUUAAAAGUUUCUUAUUGUUUCUCUUCUCUGCCUAAAUAUUUAAAAAGAAAAGAAAAAUGUAGAAAAAAGAAAAAAAAAAGAUGACGUAUUAAUAUGACGGAUUGGUUUCAUCGUUUUCUCCUGAAAAAAAAAAGUGGGGAUUUUUAAUUCAUUUUUUUUUUUAAAUCCGACUUUGUUUGCAUGUGUAAUCUCGCUGUAAUCUCUUUUCGUCGGGAAACGAGAGCCGGCCGAAAAGAAAACAAAAAAGAAAAUAUAUAUGCAUAUUAUUAUAGUA